AUGAUGGGUUUGCCAACAUCUAAUAUUCGUUCAUCGGUUCGCGGCAUGCAUCGUGCAGGAGUCCCAAUCCUUGCGGGCACAGAUGCAAACACUGCCAUGCUGUUCCCGCGAAUGUGCCUCGGUGAUAGUCUCCACGCGUUGAACCUCCUUCUCGACGCGGUGCUCUCACCUGUGAGGGCCUUUCCGGGCAGCUACCAUUUUGCCAGCCAAGAAUCUCAGUCUGCAUGA